CGAUAUGCUUUGGCGUUUGAUAUCUGCUUGGAAGAGCUGUGUAAGGUACCAGUUGAAGCAGAGCCGCAGCUGCAGACAGAAGAGGGGGCGUGUCAAGUCAUAAUAAACCCCACGUUUGCUUUUAUUAUUAUUUUUAAUAUAAAGAAGGCAAUAAGGAAAACGCAAACCAUUAACGACAACACAAUAUCUUCCUGCUUUGGGGGUUAGGCUCUUAAUAUCUCUUCCGAUGAAUUGCACCAGAGUCCUGCACAUUUUGAAUCCAAGACCAUUGCCAAACUCCAUUAUGCCCGUUGAUGUAGCAGUGAGGCUCUGUCUUUCUCAUUCACCUCCACUGAGGAAUUUCCUUAGCUCGUAUGAAGAUUGCAGAGGGAGAAACCUUGUGAACAGAUUGAAACCAAUGAGACCUUGUAUUAAUUUAAAAAAUGAAUCAGAGGCAAAAAGCCCAGAAUGGAGAAGCCACAAACCCAAGCCAAAGAAACGAGUGGUGUUUGCAGAUUCAAAGGGUCUGUCACUUACUGCUAUUCACAUCUUCUCCGAGUUUGAAGAGAAUCUGAUGUCUGACCUGCAGUUUGAUCUGGCUGAUUUAGAAGACGCAACGGCUGGUUUGAAACUAAAUGAAGAAAAGAACUUGGUUCUGGAUUUUUCCCAGCCUGCUGCAGAUUACUUGGAAUUCAGAAAUCGGCUAAAAAAGAACUUUGUCAGCCUGGAAAACUGUUCCCUGCAGGAAAGAUCACUUGCUGGGACUGUAAAAGUAAGGAACGUAAGCUUUGAGAAAUCUGUCCAUAUCCGGAUAACCUUUGACACUUGGAAAAACAGCACAGAUGUUGAAUGUACCUUUAUGAACAAUGUUUAUGGUUGCUCUGAAACAGACACCUUCUCUUUCGUCAUUAACCUGCCUAAUUUUGUGCCUCCUCACGAGCGCAUUGAGUUCUGUGUUUGUUUCAAAAGCAAAGACCAGACGUACUGGGACAAUAAUGAUGGACAGAACUAUAGACUGGUCCACACUGAAUGGAAAUCUGAUGGUAUUCAGGCACCACCAUCCACCCAGAAUGAAAGUCCAUCCUAUAAAGAUCACAGUACAAUUCAAGAAGUGGAGUUUGAUCAGUUUGGUAGUCCAAGAACAUCCAAUGGACUGUUUCCUGAAUGGCAAAGUUGGGGCAGGUUUGAGAACACAGCCCCCUAUUGGUGAACCCCUGCAACUUCUUUAAAUACAUAAACACUAGCUGUUAUCUCAAAAGCUUUUGCAAUGCUUUUGCAGGAAAUUAAACCCUAAAUGGUUAAAUGCAACUUGGAUCAAUAAAACUAAAAAAUCGUCAAAGUUAUCUGCAACCAGAGAGAGGCCAACAUUGCUGUUGUAUGUGUGUUUGGGAACAGGGUGGGAGGGGCGUGUUAUGCUAUUGACUCUAACCACCAUUAUAGUGCCUCCAACGUUUGCUUAAAAACAUUUUUGGACUACCCUUAGUAAAGCUUGUAAAAACUACAAAUAACCAGGUCUCAAGCAUCACAAGAAGCAUUACCAACAUGCUCAAAACAACUUAUUAAGAUAAAAAAAACAGACAAAGUCAUCUCCUUUAAAUGGAACAGGGUGUAGUAAACAUCUAAGAAAGUGUAUAAACUAGGAGUAAGAGUGUGAUAACACAUACAACUAUGCGGUUAAUAGAUGCCUUUGUGAUUGUUCUAGAGAAACUUGCAUAGUCUAUUUCUAAAUCUGUAAAAAGCACUUUAGUAUGCCUCUGAGUUUAUGAUAUAAUAGUCUUUAAGUGCAUACAAUAAUAACAAGCACUGUUACAAUGAUUGAAAGGUGGAGGCUCAUACUUUAUCUUUAGGAAAAAAAAAAUAUAUAUAUAUAUAUAUAUUAUUUAUGGCUUCCACUCAAAUAAAUACAGUUACGGUUUUAAUGGCUGCAUGCACUUUUCCAAUCCACUCUUUGUUAGAGUCAAUUAGUUUUCAUUUGAUUGGACUAGUUUUGAUACCAAUGUGCAAGACUAAAAAAACAAACAAACAAAAAAAAACAUUAGUAUUAAAAAUGAUUUUCAAACUUCUAUCUUUUCCAUUUCAUACUUAACUUUUAAAAUGAGAAAUGUACAGCAUGAUUAAUAUAAUUUCAUAAAAUUCAGCACCUAAUAGCAGACAUUAAGAAAAAGUGCCUUUUGCUGUCAUCAGUUGCCAAAAUGUUUCAUAUUUAUGUAAUUUCCCAACAUAAUUAAGGCUUUUGACUGAGCUGUAAUUAUACUGAUUAGUUAAAACAAUAUUUAUUCUGAUCACAGCAAUGACGUGGCUGUCACUGCAUUUUCUAGUAUUAUAUUUGAUGUAAACCACCUGAAUGUUUUUUUUUUUUUUUCUUUAUUCAGUGGUGAACAGUUUGCACUGUUUGAACAUAAGCCUUUACUAAUCUGAAUGUGAAUCAAGAGAGCAUAGGUACAUCUGUAAAAUCCUUCAUAUUGAAGGGUGUUCAUUUCGUGGUACCUUAAAAUAAUGAAAUACUUUCAAGAAAAAGUUGAAAUAAUUAAAUAUGUUAAGUGUCUUCCUGCUUGCACAUAAAUGUAUGCCUGCAUUUUAAAAUCACUAUUUGAAGGUUUAGAUUGUUCAUCAGUUUAUUCACUACACAAUACUUGCUGCUAUGUUUUGUGCUAUUGUAUUCGCUGUAAUGCUUUUAUUAAUCCUAAACUAUGUUUUAAGUACGAUGGUACAGGAUAUUUAUGUUCCCUUUGAGUGAAAAAGGAAUGCGGGGUUGUAAGUGUGAGAGGUUGUUAUGAGUUCGAGACGGGGGCUCUGUGAUAGUGGAUGCAAAGUUUUUGUCAUUUUUUUUUUCAUUUUGUGUUAAGAAAUGCAGGCCAGUGUUAAUGGGGGAUAUGUCAGUCUCUUAUUGUAUUCUGAGUGAUAUACACGGUCUGAACUACUUUUUUAGAAGUGCAAUGUGAAGCAGAAUGUUAAUUGGUGCAGUACAAAUCUCACACAAAAAUAUUUUUCUACUGUAAAGAAAUGUCGCUGUAUGAAAGAAUUUUCUGUAAUGUGUUCCUUUCAGAAAUACAUUUUUGUAUUGCAAAA